AGGAAAUCAGCUGACGACUACCACGCUCUUAAUGCCACCUUUUAAAUGAGCAGUGGGGUGUCCAGGUGGCCCAGUGGCGAGUGAUGCCACCUCACCCCUCUGAGGACUGAUGUUCAAGUUGACGCCUUCUCCCCGACUUCCUUCAGGUUGGUCUCCACAUUCAAGGCAACUGCGCUCUGUGAUGGGUGGGCACCCCUGCCAGGUUUGGCUCCAGCUGUGCCACCCAUUGUAGCGGUGUGAUCUGGCUAAAAAGAGAAUGAAGUGUGACGGUCAUCCACAGUCCCGUGCCAGUAGCCCGUCCAUCCAGUCCAAGUCCUCUUACCCAGAGCAGGGCCAGAGGGCAGCAAGCAGGGGGUGCAGGGCAGGAGCAGCCCCUGGCCAGAGUGGCAGCCCAUCCCAGGGUAAGAUGCACAUCGGGGGCCACAUCAUGUCCUUGGACCCACAUGGGCAUGGGGAGAACACGCAAACUCCACGCAGGGCACAGGUGGGCCGUGAGUGCCAGUCUCCCCAUUUUGUUUUAUUAAGCUGAGAAUGCAAUGGCACAAAUGUGUGUUAUUUACACAAAGCCCACCACCCCAUCGCCAUUGCAGCCGGAGCCACACGACUUAGGGGGCCGAACUAAGAUGCCAGCUGGUCACCCCACGAGUCCGUCACCAACUCCAGGUGAGUUUUGGGUGCUUGGGAUGUGCAGGGGCCCGAGACGAUGACCGCCACUCACCCCACCCUUCACUCCAGGAACGGGUCACCGACAUCGGGGACGUUGACACAGCGGCCUUGUCGAGCUUGAGAGCACAAUAAAAUUUAUGACAAGCUUAAGACAAUAGACAGAGUGGUGGGUGCGUCUUCAGGGCCUAUAAAGGGGGCACGGCCCUCCGGUCUGGCACAUCAAUCCUCCACCCGAACAGCUGCUUCACGAUCGCCAUGGCCUUCACUGGGAAGUACGAAGUCGAGAGCCAAGAGAACUACGACGACUUCCUCAAGCUCAUCGGCAUCCCGGAUGACGUCAGAGAGAAGGGGCGGGACUUCAAGAUCAUCACCGAGGUCAUUCAAGAUGGCAAGCAGUUCACCUGGUCACAGAUCUACCCUCAGAAAACCAUGACCAACAAGUUCAUCAUUGACCAGGAGAGCGACAUGGAGACCAUGGCAGGGAAGAAGUUCAAAGCAACGGUCACCAUGGACGGAGGCAAAAUCACAGCCAAAUUCCCCAACUACCUGCACACGGCCGAGGUCCAGGGGGACAAGCUCAUCGAGAUUUCAACUGCCAGUGGAGCCAAAGGCACGGCGACAAUGAAGAGGAUCAGCAAGCGAAUUUAAAGGGGACAGCGGUGAUGCCCGCCUAGCAGCUUG